AUGGAGAACAUCACCAGUUUUGCUCCAUUGAUUUCUAGGCCUGAACCUGUCGUCGAUCAACAGAAGGAAGUCGUCAGUGAAACGGAGACUACAAACAAGGGCGGUGUGAUCGCGGUUGGUAACAUCAGUACUGGUAGCUUUGCUGUGGCGUCAGAGACGGAGAAAUACUCCAGAAUGGCGCCAGCGUCGCCUAAUGUUGGUCCUGGCAUGGAGGCUUCUCUUACCGGCGUCCUGGUAAAAGCGAUGUUUGACUCUGAUCAAGUGAGAACUAAGACAGAGGAGCAGCACAGAUCAGAAGGGCAGGUCGAAACUGCCGUGCCGCCGCCGCGGGCUGAAGAAGAGAAGGUGGUCAACGGUGAUUCCAGCACGCCAGAUGAAACACUGCAUGCAGAUGUGGAUUCUCCGGAGGAGAAACAUGAAACUCACAGCAAUGCUGCAAACCAGAUUGUGGAUGAGUUAAAAACAGAAGCCGUUGGGCAGCAGCCAAGUACGACUCACGACGCUCUGUCCAUCGAGGAGACCGCAGAAACAGGACAACCUGAAGAAAAGAUGACAGGGAAAUAUGUCGCCACUCUUUCGCCUGAGAAGGUGCUCGUUGCACACUCUGCUGAGGUGAAAAAAGUGGUUUGCAGCGAAGCCGAGGUUGUUCCUGACAGUAAAGGACACAUGGACGAGGAACUGCUUCCUUCGGCGAAAAAGGACGAGGAACCGAUGGACGAAUCUAUGGAAGUUCCAAACAUUGAGACGGUUGUGGCUGCAGAGGUGACCCAGCCUGUCGAAGCAACGACUGAAAAGGCAGGAGCAGAUACGGUUUCUCCUGAAACUCCAAAAGAGCAAGAAACUCCGACACCAAGCAAGCGUAAGAGGAAGUCGCAGAAGUCUUUGAAGGAAACUCCGGGAUCUAUUCAAACAAGGUACAGCUUACGCAAAACAACUGUGCAGCAGAGUAAAGAAAGCGUCAAGGCGUAUGAAAGUCCAAGCAGCAAAGGAAUGAAGGGAGUGCAUCUGAAGCGGCGGAAAGAAGUCAGCGACGUCGAAGAAAGGGCGCAAAAGAAGCGAAAGCGUUUUCAAUAG